GUGCGCGGGGUUUAUAGCAAGGUCAAAAGGUCGACGAAUCAAGGUCGAUGAAUCCUCGCGCGCGGCUUGUGGGUCUCGGCGAACGACGCAAAGGUCAUGGAGCUAUGUAACCCCUACGAUUAGGUCGGUUUUAAUACCUACCUCCUAAAUGAUGGAUUGAUGAAGUGAUAUGAUGACAUUUCGUCCUGGUUGACCUUGGAGCUCGCAUCUUCGGACGAGUAUGAUUACAAAUCCAUGUUGGUUAAAAAAAAGGCGGAGCAUUCGGGUGUUUCGCGAUGAGACGUAGACUCUCGUAAAGUAUUAAAGGAGAGGUAUCCUAACUUCGAAAUGAGUCCAACUUUUAUUCUAUACCAUCACAGCUUCUCUUUAGACUUAGAGCUUUAAGAUUCAUCUUCAAUAUCAACUAUCCAAGCACAAUGUCGGUAAAUGCCGUACUCAUUCUCGGAGCCGGACCCAGAGUCGGCGCCUCCGUCGCUCAGAAAUUCGCCAGCAGCGGGUAUAAAGUCGCUAUAGCUUCUAGGAACGGAACUGGGGCUAAGACCGCCGAAGGCUUUCUCUCGCUCAAGGCGGACUUCGCCAAGCCCGAGUCGAUCCCAGCGUUGUUUAACGCAGUAAAGACCGAGUUCCAGACGGCUCCUAGCGUUGUCGUCUACAACGCAGCGUCGCUCACAAACCCCCCGGACAAGGACUCGCCCUUGUCGAUCCCGGUGGACAGCGUUGUGUCGGACCUCAAUGUCAACACUGUCAGCCCCUACGCGGCGGCCCAGCAGGCCGUGAAAGAAUGGGCAACGUUGCCGAAGGAGGCCAGGAAGACGUUCAUAUACACGGGCAAUAUCCUAAACGUCUCUAUCCUCCCUCUGCCAGUUUUUCAUAACCUAGGCAUAGGCAAGUCGGCUUCGGCAUACUGGAUCGGCGUCGCAGAUGCAAACUACUCUCCUCAGGGGUUCCGGUUCUUUUAUGCGGAUGAGCGCACCGAAGAUGGCAAGGCUACGGGGGCCGCUGUCGAUGGUGCUGCGCAUGGCGAGUUCUAUGCGCAAUUGGCAAGCCAUGAAGGAAAUGUGCCAUGGCAUGCCACAUUUGUGAAGGACAAGGGUUACGUCCAGUUUAAGUAACGAGGCCACGCCUGGAUAAGGACCUGGGAAAUUUUCAAGAGUUAUAUUUGAAAGCCAA